CUCUCUCUCUCCCCCCUCCUCUUUCCUCUUUCCUCCCUCACGCACCGCCGUCCUGAUCCCGGUGUUUUGCGGCCUUCCCCUCCCCACCCAGCCGGCGCGGCGGCCUUCCCUAUCCCGGACCCCUCCAGCCCGCCAUGGCGAAUGUGGCCGACACCAAACUCUACGACAUCCUCGGGGUGCCGCCGGGGGCCUCCGACAACGAGCUGAAGAAGGCAUACCGGAAACUUGCCAAGGAGUACCAUCCUGAUAAAAAUCCAAAUGCUGGUGACAAGUUCAAAGAAAUAAGCUUUGCCUACGAAGUUCUCUCAAAUCCAGAGAAACGUGAAUUAUAUGACCGAUAUGGAGAACAAGGCCUCCGAGAAGGUAGUGGUGGAAGUGGAGGAAUGGACGAUAUUUUCUCCCACAUAUUUGGUGGGGGGCUGUUCAGUUUCAUGGGUAAUCAGAGCAGAAGUCGCAAUGGAAGAAGAAGAGGCGAAGAUAUGAUGCAUCCACUUAAAGUUUCUUUAGAAGAUCUAUAUAAUGGAAAGACUACCAAACUACAGCUUAGCAAGAAUGUCCUUUGUAGUUCAUGUAAUGGUCAAGGGGGUAAAUCUGGAGCAGUUCAGAAGUGCGCGGCUUGCCGAGGCCGAGGUGUGCGUAUCAUGAUCAGGCAGCUGGCUCCUGGUAUGGUUCAGCAGAUGCAGUCUGUCUGCUCCGACUGCAAUGGAGAAGGGGAAGUCAUUAAUGAAAAAGAUCGUUGUAAAAAAUGUGAAGGGAAGAAGGUGAUAAAAGAAGUGAAGAUCCUCGAAGUUCAUGUAGAUAAAGGCAUGAAGCAUGGACAGAGAAUCACCUUUACUGGAGAAGCCGAUCAAGCCCCGGGCGUGGAGCCAGGUGACAUCGUUCUCCUGCUCCAAGAAAAGGAGAACGAGGUGUUCCAGAGAGAUGGAAAUGACUUGCACAUGACGCACAAGAUAGGACUCGUUGAAGCACUGUGUGGCUUUCAGUUCACUUUCAAGCACCUUGACGGACGUCAGAUUGUGGUGAAAUAUCCUCCAGGAAAAGUAAUUGAACCAGGCUGUGUCCGUGUCGUUCGAGGGGAAGGAAUGCCACAGUAUCGCAAUCCUUUUGAAAAGGGCGAUCUUUAUAUAAAGUUCGAUGUGCAGUUUCCAGAAAAUAACUGGAUUAGCCCAGAAAAGCUUACAGAACUUGAAGAUCUUCUGCCCGCCAGACCAGAAGUCCCCAACAUAAUCAGCGAAGCAGAGGAGGUAGAUCUUCAAGAAUUCGACACCACUCGUGGCUCAGGCGGUGGCCAGAGGCGUGAAGCGUACAAUGAUAGUUCUGAUGACGAAAGUGGCCACCAUGGACCUGGGGUACAGUGCGCUCAUCAGUAAAAGUUUUGUCUGGGGUGGGGGAGGGGUGGGUGGGGGAAGUUACACAUGGAUUUUUCUCUUCAAAUUUUGCCUGACUUGUUUUCAGCAAUCCAGUUGGAUUGUGUAAGCAAUCCACACGAGCCCAAUGAACAUCUGUUGCUGUAUGUGUAACUUUUAAAUUGGUCCAUAGUAUCUACAGAGUGUAUAAUUUAAACUAACCACACACAAAAAAAGCUUUCAUUUUUAUUUUUAUUUUGACUUGACUGUUCUGUAGCAGAAUAAACGCACUUGAAAGGAAGGCGAGACUCUCUCCUUUUCACCUGGGUUAAGUUUCAGUCCUUGUACUCGUGCUUGAUUUUUACCAGUUUUUGUGUAGAUUUUAAGUUCUAUAUUUUAAAUUCAAAUUCUACAUUGUAAAGAUUUGUGUAAAACUUCGUCCCGAGGCUUGGUAUUUGGCUGCACCUACAUAAGCUGCUACAAAUAGAAUAAAGAAUUUCAUAGCCUGUAUCUAUCAUUUUAGAUGCAUGGUAAGUCAAUGGGCUUGGCACACACUGGGUUAGAACUGAGGGGGGAACCAUGGAAGAUAAAAAUUAGAAGUGGUUGUAAAAGUUUUUUUUACCAUCUUGUGAAAGGUUUUGGAAACUAAAUAAAAGCCGUUGGUGUAUAACGAUA